GAUGGAGUGAGUGGGGUGGGGGUGUAGAGAAGGGGUGGGCCAAGGGUGUUCAGGUUUGUGCCAUUAGAAAGUUGGUAACCCUCCAAAACCCCCAUGUGUCCCGCUCCCACCAUGGGGCUGCAUUGGCUCUGAGCCUCCCCCCCACCCACCUUUCCCAGGCCUGCCCAUGCACCCCCCCCCCCCCACGCAGGACCUAGCACCUGUUCCUCUCCCACUCAUUCCCCAGGAGAAACUUGGGGACCACAAUGCCCGCCUGGUCUCUGGCGGAGGGGUGUUAGGGUGGCUUUUCCCUCUCCUUUUCGACAGCGUCUGGCUCGGGGCGGCGGUAGGGAUAUGGCUAAUGGGACCGAUUGCAGCAGGCAUCGGCGACUCCUUGAGGGUGCCUGGAAUUGGGCACAGCAGCCAGGGUGCAUCCCGGAGCCCCGGCCCCGCACCAUGGACAUCCUGGAGACGGACGCCCGCUACCCCGCGAAGUUUGUGGCUGAUGUGCAAAGAUGAACGCAGCUCGGCGAUCGGCCAUGCUGGCCUCGGAGGUGACCGCGCCUCCCAGCCAGCCGGCCCUGAACGCCACCGAGAUGCCCAGCAAGGAGAACGUCUUCUCCGACAUGAAGGACAAGUUCAUGAACAAGCUCAGCAAGCUGCCAAUCCCGCCCUGGGCCGUGGCCACCAUCCUGAUCGUGGCGGCUCUUCUUCUGCUCUGCUGCUGCUUCUGCGCCUGCAAGAAAUGCGGGAAGAAGAAGAAGGGGAAGAAGGCAAAGGAGAAAGCGAAGGCGCAGAUCAACCUGAGGGAGGUGAAGGAGCUGGGCCAGAGCUACAUCGACAAGGUGCAGCCUGACAUUGAGGACCUGGACCCAGCGCUGCUGCCCGAGCCGAAGGACGAGAAGCCCCAGGAGAAGCUGGGCAAGCUGCAGUACUCGCUGGACUACGACUUCCAGAACGGGCAGCUGGUGGUGGGCAUCAUCCAGGCAGCCGACCUGCCGGCGCUGGACAUCGGGGGCACGUCCGACCCCUACGUCAAAGUCUUCCUGCUCCCCGAGAAGAAGAAAAAACACGAGACCAAAGUGCAUCGGAAAACCCUGAACCCCACGUUCAACGAGACCUUCACCUUCAAGAUCCCCUACGUGGAGCUGGGCGGGCGGACCCUGGUCAUGGCCGUCUACGACUUCGACCGGUUCUCCAAGCACGAUGCCAUCGGGGAGCUGCGGGUGCCCAUGAGCAGCCUGGACCUGGCCCAGCCCAUCGAGGCGUGGCGGGACCUGCAGUCCGCGGAGCAGGAGGAGCAGGAGAAGUUGGGGGACGUUUGCUUCUCCCUGCGCUACGUCCCCACGGCCGGGAAGCUCACGGUCAUUGUGCUGGAAGCCAAGAACCUGAAGAAGAUGGAUGUGGGGGGGCUGUCAGAUCCCUAUGUGAAAAUCCACCUGAUGCAGGGAGGAAAGCGGCUGAAGAAGAAGAAAACGACCAUUAAGAAAAAUACCCUGAACCCCUAUUAUAACGAGUCCUUCAGCUUCGAGGUUCCCUUUGAGCAGAUCCAGAAAGUCCAGGUUGUUCUCACCGUCCUGGAUUACGACAAGCUGGGGAAGAACGAGGCCAUUGGGAAGGUCUUUGUGGGCUGCAAUGCCACGGGCACGGAGCUGCGUCACUGGUCCGACAUGCUGGCCAAUCCCCGGCGCCCCAUCGCCCAGUGGCACACCCUGCAGACGGAAGAGGAGGUGAACAUGGUCAUCGGCAUGAAGACCUCCUGAUGCCCCCUCUUCCCCCCCGAUCCUGGCCUAGCUGGCGGGCAGUCGUCCCAUCUCCCGUCCUGAGUGAGUGGGAACGUGUGGGUGAGGCGCCUCUGGAGAAUGCGUGUGUGGGGUUGCCUGUGAGCCUGUUUCCUCUUUCAGAGCUGUUCCUGUUGAAACAUCUUCGAGAAAACCUUCUGUUUCUGAUCUGCUGUGUGAACCGUGAGGUUUACGUUGUGUCAAGAAGCUGGUGAGACGUCUACUAUAGGGUUACUAUAGGGUUACUAUGGAGUUACCAUAGGUUUACUAUGAGGUUACUGUGGGGUUACAAUACGACUGCAGUAGGUUUACCCAUCAUGUUGUGCCACCUCAUUUGAAAACUGGGUCUUGUGUGUAAACCUAUUGUAAAUCUGUUUACUAAUGGCUUACAACAGGUUUACUUUAGGGCUACCAUAACUUUGCACAGGUGGAUGUCAUAGUGUGGUGACACAUUUAAAAGCUAGGCCUCAUGUAAAUCUCUUGUAAAUCUGUAGAGGAGGCAUCCUAAAGAUUUCCACCUUUGGAUCUUGCAAGUCUCCUGUGUGAAACUAUUGUAGCUGUGUUGACUACGGGUUUACAAUAUACUUAUAUACUUGGAUGCUAUAGCGCAAUGCCAUCUUUGAAAAUUAAGCUUAAUGUGUAACCCUAUUGUAGAUUUGAUUCCUGUAUGUUUACUAAUGGUUUACAACAGAUUCACUCAAUGGUUACACUUAGCUUCACAUGCUUGGAUAUUAUGGUAGGGUGCCAUAUUUUAAAACUGGGCUUCAUGUGUAAUCCUGUUGUAAUUCUAGUCAUAAUAGCUUUACUACAGAUUGGCUCCAGGUUCACUUACAGCUUUACAAAGUGUUUAUUAUAGGCUUACAAGAUAUUUACUAUGGGUUUCACACAGGUAUACUUUGGGUUUACUACAGGUUCAUGACAGGUUUACUAUAGAUUUUUUAUGGUCUUAUGAUAUGUCUAAUAUAGGUUUACAACAGGUUUACUGAGGGCUUAUAACAGGUUUACUAUUACUUUAAAUUUUACUGUACAUUAUUUACUCUAGUACAUUAUUACUACAUUUUACUGUAGGCUUACAAUGGGUUUACAACAGGUUCACUAGAGACUUACAAUAGGUUCACUAUGGCUUUACUAUUAGUUUAAAAACAUGUUUAUUAUGGGUUUACAGCAAGUUUACUAUUAGUUUACAAACAUGGGUUUACAACAAGUUCACUAUGGGUUUACAACAGGUUCAAUGUUGUUUUACAAACAUGUUUACUAUAGGCUUACAACAGGUUUGCUAUAUGUUUACUAUUGGCUUACAAUGAGUUUACUGUGGGUUUAGAACAGGUUCACUACAGAUGUACCAGAUGUUUACAACAAGCUUACUAUUGGUUUACAAACAUAUUUUCUACAGUCUUACGACAGGUUUUCUAUAUGAUUACUACAGGCUUGCAGUGACUUUACCAUGGGUUUACAACAGGUUCACUAUAGACUUACAUGUUUACAAUAGGUUUGCAACAGAUUCACUGUGAGUUUACAACAGGUUUACAACAGGGUCAGUAUGGGUUUACAACAGGUAUACUAUUGGUUUACAAACAUGUUUAUUAUAGGCUUACAACAGGUUGACAACAAGUGUACAUGAGGGCCAACAUUCAAAUACACAUUCCUUGCUCAUAUCGUCCCUCCUCUGGCUGCCUCAUGGAGCACAUUGGGCAAUCGGUCCUCGAGCAUUUAAAUCUACUGCAAGCUUUACACAUGAGACCCAGCCUCCAAAUGCAGGCCCCUUUCAGUGGAAGCCCCAAAAUAGGACCAUCCCUUGAAGGCACCAGCAUCGGAGAGCUCAGCUCCUGCUUUCCCAGUGCCCGGUGGGAUUAUUACCUGGCUCAGUUUAAUUCACCUCCGUUGAUGUUUUGUUUUGGGUUGUUUUCUGCUUAGCUUGUGCCAAUGAAAUCAGGCUGAUCCGAUUCCCCACCUGGUUCCUGCUGUACCAAACCUUGCUGCUGUUCAUCGCUACUCACACUUGUCAGCUAAUUAAUGUCCUUGAGGGGGGGGACUCGGUAUGAUCAUCCCUGGCUCUGGGAAGGUUAGAGCAGGGCGGGCUGGGAGCCAGGACUCCUGGGUUCUCUCCCUGACUCUGGGAGGGGAGCGGGGUCUAGUGGUUAGAGCAGGGGGGACCUGGAGUCAGGACUCCUGGGUCCUAUUCACCAUCUGACCUCUGGCAAGCCAAUUCCUCUUCAAACACUCCUAAAACUGGGCUAAUACCCCAGUCUGAAGCCCUCAGACACAAGGCUGCAAAGUAUUAGUACAAUGACCUCUUGACUUUCGCUACCCAGAGCUCUCCUGCUUGACCAUGGAGCCACUUUUCUCCUCGUGCCCCGUCUGGCUCCGUUUCGGUUCACGGGGAGCUUGGCUGUAUUUUGUUACUAAUUGCUUCCUCCAGCUAUUUAGUUCCCGAAGCAGAAUCUCCCGUUCCUGCCCUGUCCAGGGAUUUCUGUUCCCAGCAAAAUGAGCUCAAGAAGAAGGACACCUCACCAGGCCAAGAAUGGUCAAGUGUAGGGGGUGGUGGCCAUUUUGUUUCUCGUGUUGACCACGAUAGGAUGUUUGGUACUAUCCUCUGAUUGUAGAAUUAGCACCCCUUGGGGACUAAAACAUGCCUUCCAUCCCCGCUAUUUAAAUCUUAUCCUCUCUGUCUCCUCUCUCUGGUCCCAAAUUUUAGUGACAGGCAUGACUGGAGGCGUGAUUGUGUCUUAAUUCCAUUGGCUGAGCCCUUGUUAGCUGGCUAACUCUCCAUCACCUUCCCUCCCCCACCCCCACUCCCAGUCUCAACUUUUAGCCAUAAGCAAAGUGAAGAGUACGAGGACCUCUGCUCAAGAUGGCCU